GCAAGCUGAUAGUCAUGGAGAAUCCGCCGGUGAAUCAAGAUGAGCUUGCUCUGGUGGAGCGGGUGUUUCUGCGCAUUGGGUCAGCAGAAACUGAUGAACAAUUGCAAAAUGCCCUUACCAAAUUUUUGCCACCAGUUCUGCUCAAGUUAUCCAGCACACAGGAAGGAGUUAGGAAAAAGGUGAUGGAGCUGCUGGUUCAUGUCAACAAGCGCCUCAAGAGCCGUCCAGUCGUCCAGCUUCCAGUGGAAACUCUGCUGCUGCAGUAUCAGGAUCCAGCUGCCUCUAGCUUCCUAAAGAACUUUACUGUGAUUUAUGUGAAAAUGGGUUUCCCAAGACUGGAGCCAGCCAAGCAGGCUGAACUGGCAAUACCUCUACUGCUGAGCAUAGAGGACAGUCCUACUUCACAUCAGGACUCGUUGCUGUCGCUGGUGACCAGCGUGCUGGCCACCGCCGAUCUGAGCAACGAGCGGGGCCGCGCCGACAUCGACAAGCUGAAGGAGAAGCCAGCCGUGCUCACCCUCCUGCUGGACUUUAUCCUGGACCUGCUGCUGCUGCCUUACGGCGUGACGUGGCCGCCGCCGGCCGCUCAGGGCGGGGAGGCGGCGCCGCCGGUGCCGCCGCCCGGUCUGUCGGAGAAGGCGGUGCGCCGCGCGCUGGGCGACCAGCCGCCGCCGCCCGAGCGGCUGGAGCGGCUCAAGGCGGGCCUGGUGCGCUUCCUGUCGCUGGGCCAGCUGCCGGCCGGCCGGGUGGCGCCCCAUCUGCUGGUGGCCAUGGCCGACACGCGGUUCACAGUGGCCAAUCUGGCCGACAUGGAGCUCAGGCGGCUCUGUAACCUGGACUGGGAGGAUCCGGCGCUUAUCAGUCAGCUCUGCUCCCUCUAUCUGGGCACGCUGGUCAACAAGAACACACCGCCGUCGGGCCCCGCGGCGCCGCCUCAGGAGCAGCGCCGCCAGCCGGUCGGCACGCGCAUCCGACUGAAGCUGCUGCCCUACCUGUGCCGCUCAAAGACGGCGGCCACCAUGUUCCCGCAGUCGGUCCAGGUGAUGUUUGACAGUUUCUACGGCACAAAUACAAAUCCCAAACUGAAGCUGCAGGCCCUUCAGUUCAUAAUACAGAUAAUCCAACACUCGACGGAGUCCCGUCUGGCGCCGCUGGGCCCCAUGGUGCUGGGCGUGCUCCACAGUGUGCUGGCAGAGGAGAAGACGGACCAGCGGCUGCGCUCCACGGCCUACACGGCCAUCGGGCGGCUCGGACAGAAGCUGCCGGCCGUCAUCUCGCGCGACCUGAAUGUGGUCCGGGUGCUGUUCGACGCGCUGGAGCAGGAGGAGUCGGAGACGGGUCAGUUUGUGCAGGACACGCUGCAGCUGCUGGGGCCGUCGCUGCGCCGGCUGGACGACGCCCAGCAGACGGUCAUGGAGGCGCUGCUGGGCAGCUGCCUGGAGCGGCCCAGCGCGCGCGCCCGCCAGGUGGCCGUCCAGUACGCGGCCGUCGUGUUCCCAGAGAGCCACGCCGUGUCCCGGCUGCAGCUGCUGCUGGCCACCGCCGACAGCCAGGAGGAAGUUGCUGCCGAGGCCCUAAAACAUCUCAAAUUGGACGGGAAGGAUGUCCAGGACAGCUCGAAAGCUCGCGAAUUCCCGGACUUUGCGCAGAUGAUCACCUGCAUUACUAGGAAGAUCAGCGAACGCGAGUCCAAGAAGCAGACCACUACGGUGGGAAACAACGUGCUGCCGUUCCCGCCCACUGCCUUUGCCAUGAUGAUCCGGUACCUGAGCCUGUGCCUGCAGCACCAGGCGGCUCCUGACCGACCCGUCAGCACGGAGCUGGUCCGCGGCCGCGCCGCCGGUCUGGGCGCGGCGCUCCAGUCGCCGGCGCUCGCCGCGCCAGUCGAGACGUUCCUGACGCUGACGAUACGUCUGCUGCGCGCCAGUGUGGCAGACGCGCCGCUGUUCUGUCUGCUGGAGACGGUGGCGGCGGCGCCCGGCCGGCUGGCGCCGCUGCUAGCCGACCAGCUCGACUGGCUCAAGACGCUGGUGUCGUACCCGCGGGAGACGGUGCGCGGCCACGCGGCGGAGCUGUACGGCGUGGUAGCUGCCGCCAUCCAGGACGACAAGCAGUUCGGGGAGAGCCUUCGGCUAAUGCACCAGCUGGCCACCAGCAAGGUGCUGGAAGAACAGCACGGUGGUAUGCUCGGCCUGGCGCAGUGUCUGGCCCGCCGCGCCAGGGAGAAUCGCCCGCCCCAGCGGACUGACGAGGUCGUCAUCCAGCUGACCGCCGACCUGUUGUCUCACCUGGAGUCGAGCCAGCUGGCGCUGCAGGCCGCCUGUCUGAGCUCUGUCUCCGAGCUGGGCAGGACCGGGCCGCUGCCGGUGGCCGCCGGGCCGGCCGACCAGCGCAGCCCGCCGUCACUGCACUACGUGGUCACCACGCUGCUGAACACGGCCACCAGCAAAAAGCUGCCCUCCAAGAUGCGUGAGCGUGCCAUAGUCGCCUGCGGCCUGGUCUGUGUGGGCGACCCCGGCCUGGCCUUCCGCCGGGAAAUAGUGGAACACUUUCUGUCGGUCUCCAGCGAGCUGGACGAGCUGGAGCUGCAGAUGGCCGUCGGCGAGGCGCUGGUGGGCGCCGUGCUGGGGCCCCAGUCGCCGGAGGCGGCCGACCCGUGGUGGCCCGCCGAGCCCGGCCAGACGCCGCCGGAGCAGCCGGCCGGCGCCGAGCCGCACCGGCCCGAGCAGCUGCUCACCUGGCUGCUGCGCCAGCUGCUCGAGAACCAGCUGACACAGACACACCCGAAGGUGCGUCAGUCGGCCGCCGUCUGGCUACUAGCCCUGGUGAAGCACUGCCAGCAUCUGCAGCGGCUCAAGGACAAGCUGGCCGACAUCCAGGCGGCAUUCAUGGAGCUGCUCGCAUCGGGAAAUGACCUGGUGCAGGAGGCGGCCUCCAAGGGCCUGGCGCUGGUGUACGACUCUGGGGACGAGCAGCAGCGGGCGACUCUGGUGGACGGCCUGGUGGGCGCGCUGACCGGCUCCGCCGCACGGCCCGCCACCCAGAAGGUCACCGCAGACACCAAGCUGUUCGCUCAGGGAGAGCUCGGCAAGGACCCCUCAGGGGGCCAACUGUCCACCUACAAGGAGCUGUGCUCGCUGGCCUCCGACCUGAACCAGCCCGACCUCAUCUACAAGUUUAUGACGCUGGUCAACCACAACGCGGCGUGGAACUCGCGGCGCGGCGCGGCGUUCGGCUUCUCCUCUAUCGCCUCCAAGGCGGGCGAGGCGCUGACGCCGCACCUAGCCAACAUCGUGCCAAAACUGUAUCGGUACCAGUUCGACCCGAAGCCGCAGGUGCAGCAGACGAUGCGCUCAAUCUGGUCCUCGAUCGUUCCCGAGUCGACCAAGACGGUUCAGCUGUAUCUGCCCCAGAUUAUGGACGAGGUGCUGGCCCGCCUGACGGACGGCCUGUGGCGGGUGCGCGAGUCGUGCUGCGCCGCGCUGGCCGAGCUGCUCUGCGGCGCUGGUCUGGACCCCGUGCUGCCGCGGCUGCCGGAGAUGUGGAGCACACUGUUCAGGGUGCGAGACGACAUCAAGGAGUCGGUCCGGCUGGCCGCCAACAAGACGCUGGAGGUCCUCAGCAGGGUGUGUGUGCGCCUCUGCGAGCAGCAGGAGUCGGUGAAGACUAGCGAGCAGACACUGACGCUUGUCCUACCGGUGCUCCUGGAGACGGGGCUGGCCUCCACCGUCAGAGAAGUGCGGGCCAUCAGCCUGUCGACGGUGGUGCGCCUGUCGCGGUCGGCCGGCGCGCGGCUGCGGCCCCACCUGCGCCUGCUGGUGCCGGCGCUGCUGGAGGCGCUCUCGACGCUCGAGUCGGCCACGGUGCGGCACAUCAGCGUGGCCGUGGGCCACCAGGCCGACACGCAGGAGGCGGUCGACCGCGCCCGGCUCGCCGCCACCAAGGACUCGCUCAUGUUCAAGACGCUGUGCCAGUGCAUCCAGUACGUGGACGCCGCGGAGGCCGCCGAGAUCGUGCCGCGUCUCUCUGAGCUGAUGAAGCGCAACACCGGCCUGGGAACUAAGUGCGGCGUGGCGCUGUUCGCCACCCGGCUGGCCGCCGAGAGGCCGCUGGCGCUCCAGAACACGGCAGGGAAGGUGCUCUCGGUGCUGGUGACCGGCAUGCAGGACAGGAACGUAACGGUGCGCCGCUGCUCGGCGGCCGCCUGCGGUAACGUCUGCCGCGCCGCCAAAGCCUCCUCGGUGGAGAAGCUCAUCGCCAAACUGCGCACCUGGUACAUGGAGGGCGAAGAUGAGAGUCUGCGCCCGGUCUGCGCCGAGGCGCUACAGUCGCUCAGUCAGCACGGCUCGGCCCAGCUCAAAGAGCACGCCGCAGACGCCGCCAGUCUCGCCUUCUUCGCCAUGCACCGACAAAAGACGACGGAGACGGAGGCCGAGAUCGCCCGCUGGCAGGAGGUGUGGAAUGAGCUGUCUCCCGGCACCGAGGGCGGCCUGCGGCUCUACCUGAGCGACAUCGUGCCGCUGUGCCGCGCCGCGCUGGCCGGCCAGUCGUGGCCGAUGAAGGCGCAGGCGGCCGGCGCGCUGGGCGCUGCCGCCGCCCGGCUGUCGGCCGGCCUGCCCGCCGACCAGCUGCACGCCGUGCUGGACGCCCUGCUGACCGCGCUGCCCGGACGCACCUGGGACGGCAAGCACGCGCUGCUGGCCGCCCUGGCCGACGUGUGUCAGAACUGCGCGGCCGCCGUGCCCGACCGGGACCGGCUGGCCGACGCCGUGCUGGCCGAGGCGGCCCGCGACAAGCCCGAGUACAAGGUGCACGCGGUGGUGGCGGCCGGCCGCGUGCUGCGGGACCUGCAGCUGGACAGGUUCGGCCGGCUGCUGCAGAUCGUGGAGCCCUACCUACAGGCCGAGUCCAAGUCUGGUGAUGGCAGCGGCGACGAGGACGAGAUGGGCGCUGCCACCCGGCUCCAGCUGCAGGAGGCCGCCUACACGGCGCUGGGACGCGCCUGGCCCGCCGACGCCGCCACUCAGGCCGAGUUCUGGCCGCGCUACAUGGCGUUACUGGCGGCGGCCAUGCCCCGCUCGACACGCGCGCACCAGCUGUCCAUCGUGACGUCACUGCGCGCGGUGGUCGACCGCCUUUGGCUGCUGAGGACGCCGAGCGCUGAGCACGACCAGAGUGCGCUGACUGAGGCGGCCAACCAGCUGGGCGCCGUCCUGGCGCUGGCGCUGGAGACGCCCAAGUAUCCGAGUCUGCGGCGCGAGGCGGUGGCUGUGACGCUGGCGGUGCUGCGCGCGGUCGGCGAGCUGCGCGACACGCGCCGGUUCCCCGUGCUGGCGGCGGCCGGCGCGCUCAGCGUCCGACUCACGCCGGCGCUGCAGGCCGCCGCAGACGACGCCAGCCACGACAUCCGCGACGACGCGGCCGACGCGGCGCGCCUGCUGACCAAACUGGCGCAGUGAGCCGCCGCUGCCGCCGUGUCGGCCCCGUCCGCCACACUCACUACCGUCCGAGUCUGUUCGGGUGUGCGCUGUGGAUGACUGCCGAGAUGACGAGCUAGCUAAGAUGACGGGAAAGCUGAGGUGCUCAUUGAUUGGUAUUUUGAUGGUGAAUUGAAUUAAUAUACUUACUGUGACCGA